GUAGUAGUUAUUAUUAAUGAAUCUCACAUAUUGUAAUUGGCUUUGAAUAGCUCCUUUCUUCAUAAAGUUGGUAGAACUCCUCAAUUUAGUGAAUGGAAUCUUUUUCCCGAUUUUUUUGUAGAAGUAAAAUAGAAAAUUUGCUUCGAUCUUUCGGAAAUAUUAGCGAUUCCUAUUUUUAGAGUUUACACAUGCCUAUAUCUCAACCUUUUCUUGGAGAAGUGUGGAGGGCUGAGACCGCGUCAGAAAGGAGUUUUUGUAUAGACAAAUACGAAGCACUUUUUGCUUAGGCUUAUAGUUUCUCUUGCUUAUUUUAUUUCCUUUGGAGGAGAAUAUGGUAAUAAUUUGUCGGUAUCAGAUUUAUGGAUGAAUUUUAAUACUGCAUACUUAAUUCACGAAUCAAAGCAAGGGUGCCGUUCACUGGAAAGAUUCUUAUAAGGAAGCUUCAGAAGCGUCAAAUAUUGGUAUAUUUUUACUUUUGAGUUAUUCAUGGUGCUGAAUAUUUGCACGUUUAUUCCUUUCUGACUUUCGAAUUUGGGUUUAUUAUAUAAUUUUUGUCAAAACCUUCUUAAGGCUUUCAAAUCAAGCUAUUAGAGAGGAGGUAGUCCCCUGAAUGGGGAUGAGUGUAUAAGUUAAGGUUUUAGAUCAAAUACAUGCUUGAGUGAUAGUUUAUAAACUCCCUUUGCUCGCAGGAGCCUAUUUUUAAGAUAUCUUGAGGGAUAACAUACAUCAUUUUAGGAAGAGCGAUAAUAAUAUAAAGUAUAUGGGCUUCCCAAAGUUUCA